AUGGAUUUCUUUGAUGGUCGUCACUACGCGAUCAAUAAAAGCAUGCUAUCAUUAUUGGGCCAAUGGCCUUAUCAAUCGAUUAGAACAAAAUACAUUCGUUUGGAGAUUAUAUUUUUAUUAGCUGGGACACAAAUUUUAGCUAAGGUAGCAGCUACCAUAACUUCCUUUAGAGAUAGAAAUGUACUACUAGACGACAUGGCACCACUUGUUGCUGAUUCUAUCGCAGCAAUCAAAUUAAUUAACGUAACAGUACAAAAAGAAAAGAUGAAAAUACUUCUAAAUCGUAUGCAAACAGAUUAUGCUUUAUUCGCUACAGAUGGUGAAAUGAAAAUAAUGGUGGAAUAUGCCGAGAAUGGAAGAAAAUUUACUAUUGUGUAUAUAGGAGUUUUUUUUGUAUCAAUGCUACAAUUUAUGAUUCCACCACUAAAGUCAAUCAUCUUGAGUAGCAUGAACGGAUCGAGCGAACGACCAUUGAUACAUCACGUUGAAUAUUUUGUAGAUUCUCAAAGAUAUUAUUAUCUUAUUAUUUUCCAUUCUUACGCGGUUAUCUUUAUCUGUGCUUUUACUAUUGCUACUAUGGACACAAUGUUUGUGGUCUUUGUGCAACAUGCUUGUGGAUUGUUUACAGCAUUAGGGUAUCAACUUCGUCAUAUAAUCGACAAUAAUAUUUUGUUGAUAAAUUUGAAUCCUUCAAAAUCGAAUGACAAGUUUUAUACAAAUAUUUCUAAAUGCAUUCGUAGACAUCAAGAAGCUAUACAGUUUGCUAAUCUAUUGGAUAAAUAUUAUUCAACGUCGUUUUUUCUUGUAUCAGGAAUUAGCAUGAUUGGUAUGAGUAUUACUGGACUGCAGGCUAUACUAAAUAUCAACGAACCCAAACAAUUUUUUCAACAAAUGUGUGUUUGUUAUACGACAUUAAUUCAUGUCUUGUUUGAAUGUGUAAACGGUCAACGACUUAUCGAUCAUAGUAGUCAAAUGCACGAAUAUUUAAUAAAUACCGAGUGGUAUCGAACAUCAUUACGAACAAGGAAAGGAAUCUGUUUUAUGUUACUUAGAUCACGAAAAUGUUGUACGCUAACUGCUGCGAAAAUGUUCAACAUAUCUAUUGAAACGUUUACCUCUAUUGUUCGUACAUCGAUUUCAUAUUUUACCGUUUUGCGUUCGAUACAGUAA